CAAAGACCAAACAGUUACAGUGAAUAUAUAAUGAACUUGUUGAAACGUAUCCGCGUUAGUUUGUAUUUCUGUCAAUCAGAAGAAUUUGACAAUAAAUCCACACUUUUGCUUUAAGGUAUACAUUUGUCAUUUUUUGUCUGGAAAAGAAAAUGGAAGUUGGUACUCAAAUAAGUGAAAGGUACAAUCCUAUUACCGGUGUUUCAAUUCCUACGCAAACACCAAGGACAAAUACUUCCGCCAUUUUUGGUGGCUCUCCAGGACCCAUUGAAUAUAUGUUUAUACCACCAACCGGAACCACACGAGCUACUUUACCGAACACGACUGAUAAAAGCGUUCACCAAGCAAAGAAAACAUAAAAUUAUCUGAGACAAACUAUCUUCUAGACUCUCAUCAGGACUCUACGAUUUUACAAGACAGUGAAAAGGUGGAAAACUUUGAAAGAAAAACAAGUUUUAAAACCAAUUCCAAAACACCCAAGUCCAUUGCAAGAAGCACAAGUUCACGUUUACCCAUCUCUGCCACGCGACCAACAGUAAUGAAACGAGCCCACAGUUUUACGCGUGAAACUGACAGUUGUAUACCACGUGGUCAUUCCAGUUCUACAGAUGGCUUCACGAAUAACCAGGAAGAAUCAAAUUCUUCUUCAGAUGCAAGUGGUGAGCCUGUGAAAUCUGAGGAAGAGUUUACGUCUAAUAUACCAAGGAAAAGUAAACCACGAAUGGUUGGAGUCAAGUCUACUAGCAUUCCACAACAGAAAGCCCGUAAUGACGUCAAUUUCAAUACGGGCAUUCAAAAGAAGACUGGUAAAGAGAAUAUUAACAAGGGAGCCACAGCCAUAGAAAGUAAGUGGAAACAAAAAUCAGCCAGUGGUAUACCUAUUAAAGGCGAUAUUAAAAUUCAAAAAAACUCUCGGAAACCAACGGCAGCAGUAGUGAUAAAGGGAGAAGGGGAAGAAAAGAAACUCCUGAACAAAAGAAAUCGACGUUAAAAGACGAGAGGACAAAAGAUAAAAAAACGACAAGAAAUGAUGACAACAAAUCAAAACUUUCGCGUAAACCAAGCACAUUUGGAGGACACGGCAAGAACAUCACACAAACAUGCACUUUAAACAAACAAAACAAAAAAAUAUUGAAACCGGAUGAAGCAUUAGAAAGAACACGUACAAAAUUGACGUCGCAAUCGAAGAGUACAACAGAAUCUGUGCAAACUUUAAAUACAUUACCACAAAAUGAUUCAAUGUAUGGCUACAAAGAUUCUAUGCGCAGUAAAGAAGACGCAUCAUUCUCAGUUGAAACUUGUCUUUCAAGAGAAAACUCAAAGUCGAAGAUUCCCGUGAUGACAAGAAAAAACAGAAAUGUCGCAUCAAAGAUGAACCGCGAUAAUAUAACUGGUGAUGUAAAAACAUGGAUUGAAAAAGAAAUGCCAUCCAUUUCUAGUACACUGGAGAGACCGUGUGAUAAGGAAGUAUAUUCAAUGAUGAAAAACAAGGAAUACGAGAAGAAUGAAGAAGUGAUAGUUGAAAAAGGAAAAGCUGAAAAUGAAACUACAAAUCAACAAAAUAUCUCAUUAAGUUUAAAAGAUGAAAGCGAAAUUGGAAUGAAAACAGGGAAAAAAUGCAUGAUGAAGUUGGAUAAUGAAAAACCAUCUUCUAUGAUGGACAAUGGAAGAGAAAUACAGACUACGAUGGAUAAUGAAGGAGUAAUACAGACUGUGAUGGAUAAUGUAGGAAAAAUACAGACUAUGAUGGAUAAUACAGAAGAAAAAAAGACAUCAAAAACUAUAAAAUUGAGUUGGACUGUGAUUCUAAUGUGCAAAGUAAAGAAACAAUUCAAAAUUUGAGCAGUAUGAAACACAAACUACAAGCAAAGAAAAUAAUUGUAAAACAAUCGCCAAAGAAACCUCCACGUUUAUCCAAAAUUAUGAUGCAAAACACUGAACAUAAAACAGAGAGUAACCAAAUUAACACAAAGAUAAACUCAGGAGACUCGUCAAUGAAAGAUGCCUCCAAUAAUAACAAAGAUGAUACUAUACAAAGUUCGGAAAUUGCUGAAAGUGUGGAGUCAGUAGAGUCCAAAAGUUUCAUCAAAUAUGAAAAAGAUAAAGUAAACAAUGACCCUGAAAUGCCCAAGUUGAUGGACAAAGAGAUGGAUAAAGAGAUGGACAAAGAGAAAAUGAAAUCAGAAGAGAUAAAUGAUGAGAUGGGUGGAAAUAUGUGUGAAGAUGAGUCGCCCUGUCAGAUCUGAUAACUGUAUGCAAUGUCGAAUGGAACAAAGUAUUAACGAUGAAGAAAACUUGCCAAAUAUUAGGGAUGAUCCAGGCUUCAGACAAUACCCAACAUUUAUCAGUCCAAGAAAAAGUCUUAUUAUGUGCAAACAUCAUGCUAACGAAACAACCGCCAUGGACGAAGUAUGUGUAGAAUACAUACAAAAUGAAGAAAUGAAAUCAAAAUAUGAAAUUUUAGGAAAUAAAACGAUUGAAAUUAUACCUCAAAAAAAUGUUUGUUUUGAAAAUGGAAAUUCGAACAAAUCUAACGGUACCGAGGAGAUCAAGAUUGACUUUGGAAAAUCUGAAAUGGACUUUGGGAAAUGUGAAGGCACCGAGGGGAUCAAGAUGGACUUUAUGAAAUCUGAAGGCACCGAGGGGAUAAAUAUGGACUUAGAAAAAUCCAAAGGCACCGAGGGAAUAAAGAUGGACUUUGGGAAAUCUGAAAUGGACUUUGGGAAAUGUGAAGGCACCGAGGAAAUGAAGAUGGACUUACAGAAGUCUGAUACUAAAGAAAUGAUGAUAGGUAAAGAUUCAAAAGGCAGUCUUAGUCCACUUUUUGCUUUAUCAAGGGAUAAAAAGUUUGUAUCAACUGAUAAACCCAUCGUAGAAGACAUUAAAACUGCGCCCUCGUUAGAAUGGGAUGAUAUUGGAACAGAGCUUAGUCCACCAAAUGUUUCUGAUGAAGACAUUGAUGAGAAUGGACAAAAAGAUGAGCAGAAUGACAUGAAAAAAUCGAGUAUAAAAUUGAUGAACACCAACGAAGCACUAGACAAAUUAAAGGUAAUACAAAAUUUGAUCAUGAAGGAAGCUGAAAGUCGAAGUCGUAAAGAUUCAGACGAAAAUGAUGUGAAACACGUCAACUUUUCAAAUGAAACUGGUAAAGAGGUUCAUAUGAAACAUGAAAAUGAAGUGGAAGCACUUUCUCAAACCGAAGAAUCACGUCGACCAUUGUCUCCGACAAUCUGGGACAGAAUCACUAAUAACUCGACCAUGUCACAACACCAGACCACAGAAUUACUAAAUGAAACUCUUGCAAAAUUGAAAGCAAGUCCCAAAUUCGAUGAAAGUUCGUUCGUAAAAAGUACGUUUAACACUCGAAGCUUGCCACGGUCCACACAAACGAGCAAGAAACAAAUAUCAAUUGACGGUGACAAACCUGUUUGUGUGUACACCUCAAACUGGAUAGGUACAGGUAGCAAAAAUUCUCGUGGCUCCUUGCAAAGCCUGCGUUCUAGUCAUCAUUCCUUGCCAAAUUCAAGACAUAACCUGACGAGCAUUAAAGAGCCCGCAAUCAAGCAAUUGGAAAAUACAGCUGGUCACAUGGACAGUAAGGAACAGUUGGAGUCUACGAAGGUAAUGGUGGCGAGUUUUGAAGAGAUAAAUAUAUCGGACGGUUUAAACGUUCAUAAACCAAAACAUGAUGUAAUGCACAAAGACAAAUUGCCGUCCAACGACGAUAAAGCGCAUAAAAAGUCGACAAAAGACAGCAAAAUAAAAGUAAAAAUACAGCCGCAGUGACAAAUGGUGAUUAUUUGAACUCAGUUAGUUUGGAUGAUUUGACUGAAGGGAAAACUCGCUGCCAGUGUGGGGUGAAAAAAUGUAUAAUUUCAUGAAGUUUUCUGUUUGUCACGACAUUUACUGACAAUAAUGAUUAAUUAUAAUUAAAGAGAAUAAACUUUUAAAAUAUAUCAUUAUAUUAAAAUGAAUGUGUUCAAAUUAUAAUA